AUGGCGGCAGUGGAGGUUUUACUUACUGUACAUGGAAGUCAUAAACGGUGGACAAGCGGCUACGAGGGAAUUGAUGAUCUCACCUUACGGCGACUGCUAGUGGAGAUCAAUUUCGCCUCAAGAUCUAUCGAGUUUGAACUUUCGGCGCGAGAAAUUGAACUAAGCCCGGAGAAGGCCACCGAGAGCACCUCGGAUGGCACACUGGUCAAGCCACCUUAUCUGAAGUCCCAAAAAGCAAAAGAAACAAUUAAACGUCGUGCAGGCGAACUAAAGAGGAUUUAUGAGAAAAUCCAGAACACGGCUGCUAAGAUCAAGAAGAAUGGGCUGUCUGAUUACACCGUUUUUCCUGGAUCCCAAAGAGCGCAGCUGUUCAUCACGACUCUUCGUGACAUGAUGGAGAAUGCUGUUAUCCCAAGCCAUGAUAACUGGGUUUCGAAUACGCACAGUGCCAUGCUAUGGUUGCUGCGAGAAUUGUUCAGCACGUGGUACAAAAUCGAAACAAGUUAUUUUGCGCACCCCUUGAAGAGCAAUUUCGCGAUCUUUCGUCUGAGCUUGCUCGAUGCCAAAGAAAGCGAAAAAGAGCCGACUCCAACGUACAAAGAAAAUGAAGUACAUGAAAGUCCAACGGUAGAGGACGAGAAUGGCUUGGAAGAAAACAAUCACCUGGGUCUGACCUGCUCACAAGAGUCGAAUAACAUUCAUGGGGCGUUCGAACCUCAGAAGGGCAUGGUAGUUGCUACAACAUGUGAUACGACAUCCGCCAUGCUACGGCCCAAUACCCUCCAAGUGGGCAACGACAACUACCAGCUCCACGGGUUGCACGACCAAUCACAGCUAAACCCUUCAUCGGUCUACGUCUCAGAAUCAGCCAGAUCUCCACUUUUCGCUUUCCCAUGUGGUCAGUACGCCAUUAUCACUUCGUACCAAGCGUAUUUGACAAAGCCAGAUUUAGGAGCCACUUUCUCUACAGGUAUCUCGAUUGAGGAUACUUUUAACCGAAAUUCCACGUUAAUUUACGAGAGGCCAUAUGAAUCGGCAAUAUUUGCCGUAGUACAAGACGGAGAUAUACCUUCACUUAUGGCUCUCCUGGGAAACGGGAACGCAUCGAUUCAUGAUGUAGACCCCUAUGGUCUUGGCCUGCUCUACUAUGCGUCAUAUUACUGCUGGAAAGCCCACGGCGCUGGCAGAGCCAUGCAGGUUUGCUCCUGGUUGGUUUCUAUUGGGGUAAAUACUCAGUGGAUUGACGACAUUGGAAAUACUCCGAUGGAAUCAAUGCUUGAUUCUGCCUUGAUAUGCACCGCAAUGUCAGGUGGUUCCGCGCUAGAAUUUGGCAAAUUUUGUGAGGAUAUUGGGGUUCUCUUUAAUUUGACCCUUAGCGAAAGUGGGACGCAGUAUUUGAAUACUCGGGGGUUUACAGAACUUCACCAAGUUCUACUGCGUAUAAACCAGAAAGUGUCCCUGGAGGACUAUCUUCGCUCAUUGAAACGAGAUGAUCUCGAUCUCCUCAUAAAUCGCACUGAUACUCGUGGCAGAACACCGCUCAUGUGGGCAGUCGAGUUUGGCUGGUCUGCUGCAACGCAGAUCCUACUGGGCUAUGGUGCUGAUCCCCAUCGAGCCACUACCACUAAGCGAGGAAGCUCUACUUUACUGCACCUUGCAGUUGCUGGACCAAGGUCGCAGUUCUCGAGAGCGGGUUUUUUAGAGGUCAUUGACCAUUUGCUUCAAAUGGGAGUGGAUGUCAAUGCUAAGGAUCAUGAAGGAUGGACGCCACUCCACAUUGCAGCGUCAUGGGGAACAUGCGAUCUCCAAAACCUCUUCAGCCACCCUGCCUUGGACUGGAGCGUUCUUACCGAUGAUAACAUGUCUGUGGAUGCUUUGUCUCCAGUCGAGCAAUUCUCCAAUGUUGCACUAGCUAGAAUUUACCAGAGCUAG